GGGGAGUGGAAGAGUUCCAAAGGAGCAGGGAUGCAGAACAGAACUAGUCUCGUUCUCUGUGCCCUUGCUCUCCUGAUGGGCUUCCUGAUGAUCUGCCUGGGGGCCUUCUUCAUUUCCUCAGGAUCGAUAUUCAACUGUCGAGGGAAACUGAUCCUGGCCUAUAUGCUUCUGCCACUGGGGUUUGUGAUCCUUCUGAGCGGAAUUUUCUGGAGCACCUACCGCCAGGCAAGGGAAAGCAAAGGGGUGUUCACCCAUGUGCUCAGAAGACACCUUUCUCAUGGGGCACUUCCCCUGGCCACAGUUGACAGGCCAGAUUUCUACCCUCCUGCGUAUGAAGAGAGUCUUGAUGCCGAGAAGCAACCUUGUCCUGCAGAGGGAGACGCCUUGGAUGUACCUCCACCUCUGUACACAGAGAUGGGCCUUGAAUUUGAGGAUGCAACGGAUGCCCACCCGGAGGCCCCACCUUCCUAUGACGAGUCUGUAGCAGGUGGGGUGCUGGCAGCCACACCAUUGCAGGAUGCUGAGGGGCAGAGCCGGGGAUGCUGAAGCAGGGGACACGCCCUCGUGCUCAGGAUGCACCUUCAUGGGCUACAGCUGCUGAUAAUAAACGUGGCCACUGGACUAUGGGAGGGAAAGUGUCUUCUGGGACCCCCAGGAGUGCCUGCCGAGGAGAUGCUGGGGAUGACUGCCGUGCAGUUCCACCGAUGUGCUUGGCCUGAAAGGGCUCCAGAGGGGUGUGGUCGGCAGCCGGCAACAUUUCAAAGGAUUCGCACUAAUCCCAGCCCAGGUGGGCUUUGGGACUGCUUUUAGAGCUCUGCUCCAAGAGGCUUUUGGCUCUCACUCAACCCCCUCCCAUCACCUCAGCCCCCAGGGGGAAGGAAUAGGUGCUGCUCGUGGGGCAGCCAGCCACCUUCAGGCACUGCAUCACCCAACAAUCGCAAAAGGAAAGCAGGCUGGAAACAAAGGGUCAUUGUGGUUUAAUCUGCGGCUUUGGUUGGCUGGUGUCACAGUUCUCUCCAUUCACCGUAUUACCAGAGUGACACCGUAAUUCGCAUUGUGGGAGGUGUGCUCUUGGAAGCCAUGAAUGUUACUUCAUACUACUUAAUUUUAAUUAUGUGUAUUUUACUUCUACGUGGAAAACAACUACAAUAUUUCCUUUCAAAAUGGCUCG